GUCCACAAUGAGUUCCUGCUGGAGUCGGAGCAGGAAGGCUUCAUCCUGCGCAUGCGGGACAUCAUCCACCGCGUGGAGACCCUGCUGCGCAAGGAGGGCUGCGGCGGGCGGCCCGCCGGCGAGUUCGUGUUCCUGCUGUCCGAGAAGUGGCACCUGGACCAGGCGGCAAGGUACCAAGCGGUGGAAAUACUCGAAAGGUUUAUGAUUAAACAGGUAGAACAAACGUUUAAAUCCUCCGGGGAGGCCAGGAAGAGCAGCGACCAAGGACAAGGGACGGGCUGGAGCUCUCGCAGGGACGCGAUCUGCGACACGUUCGUCCUGCGGCUCGUGUCGUGCGUCCAGCUUGCCAGCAAGCUCUCCUUGCACUAUAAGAUAGUUAACAGUGACACAGCUUUAAAGUUUCUGCAGUCCUUAAAAUACUCAUACACUAAGCAGGAAUUACUUGAGUCAGAACUUGCCAUUUUAAAAGCUCUGCACUUCCAGAUCAAUGUGUCAACUCCUUUGACUUACGUUGAGUUGCUUCUAGAGGUCUUAGGACAUAACGGCUGCCUGCUUCCUGCAAAGCCGCUGCACGAGAUGUGCAUGCACGUGCUGGACUUCUCCUAUCUUACGAGAGACGCCAUCUACGAUACCCUGCUGAAGACUGCGAUUGAAAAUUCAACACCAAGCCAGCUGCAGGUAGCAAAGUUCCUGACAGUCAAGGAAGAUUUCAUGCUUUUGGCUGUUGGAAUCAUCAGCACAAGUGCUUUCAUAUUAAACCCCAAGCACUGGAAUCAGGUUGUGGAGCAUUUAAACUGUAUCACUGGUAUUACUUCACAAAGUAUCUUGGAAUUUUCCUACGCAGUGUUGACACACAUCAUUGGCAGCACCACUCCAAAGCAGCACUGCAGGAGCAGUGGCAGGAGCCCAGAGAACAGAACUGUACCGCUAAUGUCGAUUUAUCUUCUGUAG